AUUACGAAAUUGAUAGGGAAAGGAAAUAGAAACCGAGGAGGAGACGGAGGGGAGAGAGAGAGAGAAACCAAACCCGCUACUCAACCCUAACACGCCCCUUAUUAAUACAUCACGAACGCGUCCCAAACUCCCUACCUACUUCUCAUUCUUUCAUCUCUCUAGCCACGGGAAACCCUAGCCCUAAUCAAGAAUCGAAGCAUCGUGUUUCCCCGAUCAAGCCCUAGCAGGUUGUGAAUGGUGGAAAUCCAUCGGAAUUUCAUGCUCUCUCCUUCGUCUUUUGGUACGACCGCGCGUACGCAGUCCGCGCAGUCCCACUACGGUGUUUCUUGCAUCCUCCUCCCUCUUGCUGCCUCCUCUGCCUUCUCAUUCGGUUCUUGCAAGGAAGGCUGGUACUACCGCUGCCUUGGCGUCGACCCUUGAGCCUUCUUCUCCUUGCUAUUGCCUUCUGUUCUUGAUUUUUUCUUUAGGUUUUUUGCCUUUUUCUUUUUGAUUCCAUUCCAUCCGCCAAGAUUGUCUCUUUCCCAAUCUUUUGUGACAAUUGUUGGAACAACAAUGUUGCUCUAUAAGCAAAAGAAGAAUCAAAGCGCUGGAAAGGCCAAUCGCCUUUUGAUCAGUAUCAAUGUUCUUGGUAGCGCUGGUCCGAUCCGGUUCGUCGUCAGCGAGGACGAGCUCGUCGCCGCCGUCAUUGACACCGCCCUCAAAUCCUACGCGCGUGAGGGCCGCCUCCCCAUUCUGGGCUCCGAUCUCAACAACUUCCUCCUCUACUGCUCCAAUGCCGGAUCAGAUGCUCUGAGUCCGUGGGAGACUAUCGGCAGUAAUGGCGCUCGGAAUUUCAUGCUGUGCAAAAAGCCACAGCCGCAGAAUACCACGGAAGUGGGUGUUGAGGGGAGAGCUGGUAUGCCCCGGAAGGGAAGUGGGAGUUGGAAGGCUUGGAUCAAUAAGUCGCUUAAUCUUAAGGUUUCUUCCCAUUAAGUCACAUCUAAUCGACUGGAUGAUUAUUAUUAUUGUUCAGAGCUUAAUUUGGAGCUCUGUUUCGUCCCAUUAGUGUAAUUUGUAUGCCCCUUCUAUGAGUUGUGUGUUUCUGUGAUUUUAAGGGUUGGUUUCAGAAAAAAUACAGUUGUUCGGGAAUAUCUUGUACUGUUUGAACUUUCAGUAUGAAUAAAAUGGAAAAUUUUGGUUUUUUUUUUC